GUCUGCUCAUGCGUCUGCUAUUAUCACAAACUCAUGUGAUAGAUAAAAAUUGCACUUAUUUUAAAUACUUGCCGAACUCUUUCUAAUUUAAACCGGUCACAAAUUGCAUUUUAGAGCCAAAUAUUUUAGCUGAAAAACAUGACCAAGAAAAUAAUUCUUGUCACUGGUGGCAGUGGACUUGUUGGAAAAGCCAUUGAAGAAGUGGUCAAAAAUAACAGUCAUCAGGAUGAAACCUGGCAUUUUGUUUCCUCCAAAGAUGCAGAUCUCACGAAUGCUGAACAGACAGAUGCUCUGUUUCAAAAACAUCAACCAACUCAUGUUAUUCACCUUGCUGCCAUGGUCGGUGGCUUGUUUAGAAAUUUGAAGUAUAAUUUGGACUUUUUGAGGAAUAACAUUCAUAUCAAUGACAAUGUGCUACAAAGUAGUUUCAAGCAUGGGGUUGAGAAAGUUGUAUCUUGUCUUUCCACUUGUAUCUUCCCGGAUAAGACCACAUAUCCAAUAAAUGAAACAAUGAUACACAAUGGUCCUCCUCAUGAAUCCAAUUUUGGUUAUUCUUAUGCUAAAAGACUUAUAGAUGUGCAAAAUCAUGCUUACAAUGUGCAACAUGGGUGUAAGUUUACAUCAGUCAUACCAACAAAUGUGUUCGGACCUCAUGAUAAUUUCAAUUUGGAGGAUGGUCAUGUCUUGCCCGGACUGAUUCAUAAAACAUAUGAAGCUAAAAAGAAUGACAUGCCACUUGUUAUAUGGGGAUCUGGAAAACCCCUUCGCCAGUUUAUUUACUCUCAUGACUUAGCAAAAUUGAUAGUAUGGGUGAUGAGAGAUUAUAAUGAAAUAAAUCCUAUUAUAUUAUCAGUGGAUGAAGCACAAGAAGUUAGUAUAAAAGAUGCUGCACUGGCUGUAGCUGAAGCAUUUGAAUUUAGAGGAGAAGUUAUUUUUGAUACUUCAAAAUCUGAUGGUCAGUAUAAGAAAACAGCAAGUAAUGAAAAGCUUAGAAAAUACAAGCCAGAUUUUGUAUUCACACCUUUUAAAGAAGCUAUCAAGACUACAGUAGAUUGGUUUGUGAGCAAUUAUGACACUGCUCGAAAGUGAAAAUUGUUGAUAAUUUUCAGCUAUAUUAAAUUAUAUUUUAUUGGAUUUAUAAAUUAAUGUAAUUACUAAUUGGAUUCAAAGUUUAUUUUGUAAUAAAACUGUU